GACUCGCACUUGACAGGCGCAAGAGGCUAAAUAACUGGAGCGCUAAGCCUACUGUACUGUUGUGAUUCAAAUUGCUGGUGACAGCAGGUUGCAGUUCCCCGGAAAGACAAUGGGCUCCAAGUACUGUGUCACACUGCAGGAUGUGCAGAAAGCUGAAACCCGUAUUCAAGGUCUGAUCCAUAUGACUCCAGUUAUGACCAGCUCCAGCUUGAACAAGUUAGCUGCACGCAAGUUGUUCUUUAAAUGUGAGCUCCUACAGAAGACAGGGUCUUUCAAGAUUAGAGGCGCAUUAAAUGCAGUGAAUACGCUAUGUGCAGAGACCUCUGCGGCAGUCGUGACUCACAGCAGCGGUAACCAUGGUCAGGCUCUGGCUUUGGCAGCACAGAUGAGAGGGAUUCCUGCACAUAUUGUGGUUCCACACUCGGCUCCAGCAUGUAAGAAAGCUGCAAUCAAUGGAUAUGGAGCCCAUAUUGUAGAAUGUGACUCUACUGAUGAGUCCAGAACAGAGGUGGCAGCCCGGGUUGUGGCAGAGACUGGAGGUGUUUUGGUUCAUCCUAAUCAGGACCCAUCUGUAAUUGCCGGGCAGGGGACAAUUGGCCUUGAAGUGUUGGAGCAGGUGCCAACAGUUGAAGCAGUGGUCAUACCAGUUGGAGGAGGCGGGAUGCUAGCAGGCAUAGCAAUAGCUGUUAAGGCAAUCAAGCCUGAAGUAAAAAUAUACGCUGCUGAGCCUCUAAAUGCAGAUGACUGCUACCAAUCAAAGAUGAAUAGAAAGCUUACUCCAAACCUGCAACCUCCAGUCACCAUAGCUGACAGUGUGAAGACCAGCAUUGGACCUAAUACGUGGCCUAUUAUACAGGAUCUGGUAGAUGACGUAUUUGUAGUCAGUGAGGAAGAGAUUAAGGUUUCUACACGCCUAGUGUGGGAGAGGAUGAAGCUGCUGAUUGAACCUACUGCUGGCCUGGGCUUGGCCGCUGUUCUCUCCAAUCGUUUCCAAGAGAUUGCUGGUGACAUACAGAAUAUAUGUGUUGUACUGUGUGGUGGAAACGUAGACCUUGUAAAUGCGGAUUGGUUGAAAGACCUGCCCACAAACAAGUAGGACAUGGAUUUAUGGAAGAGACAUUGAACAACAAGACCCAAAAUAUGGAAAAUUAAUGUAUGAUGUUGCAUUUGAGAAGAUCACAUCCAUUCUUCAUCUUCAUUGUAAACAGUGCAAUAACUUUAUAUUUGUUUAAUUUUAUAUUUAAUCUUUUUUCUAAAUUCUAAUUAUGGGUUUCUAUUAAAAUUCCUUUCUGAAAGAUAAAAUUGGACUAGAAUCGAUAGUAUAUGGAUACUACAGCAAAAAAACUCUUGUAGUAUUGUGCCCAGGGAUGUACAGAACACUAGAGAAUUGUAAGAGCAUAAUUCAUUAUAUUAAAAAAAAAACCUGCAAUAUA